AUGGUCGUGAAGGCCAUAAUUAAAUCGGAGCCCCCGUCGCUCAGGGCAAUCACUCGUCGCUCCUCGCGUUCACGUUCCUUACAUACAGUCAACCUCCUGAGCUCCCUUUUCGCCUGCUCGCCCUCUUGUCUUCUACCAUUGCCUCGGCACCUGGCAGCGCGUCCAUCUUGCGCACGGCCCUCUCGCCAGCACCGACUUGAGCCCAUGCCCCAAGGCCUCGUAGACUCGCAUGAUGCCCUGCCUCACGCAGGAUCGGUUGCGCGCAGGUUAGAAGACAGCGAACCCAUCGCCUUUAGUCGCCGUCAUUCGGAUACUUUCACCGUUCGCCCGAGCGACCUCCAGGACAACCCUAAGGAUGCUGCGCCACCACUUCCUACGCAAUCCUCAUCGAAUUUGCACUCGCCCGGCGCGACACGCACGGAUUCAUCGACCGUGCCCCUGAACGCGCCUCGCGCGCCCCUGAGCGUGACGAUCGCCGCGCCACACGUCCGCGAGCGCCGACCCAGCACGGCGGACAAGCCCAAGCAGGGCUUCAACUGGAAGCGCACCUUCACGCGCCUGCGCUCGCACACCGUGGGUGCGCCACCACUCCCGAAGCCAGCUGCGAAGCCCGCCUUACGAGUGUCGAUUCCCAAGGCCCCUGCGUCCAACACGCCCUCACCCACUUCGGUUCAACCGGCUACACCUGCGCCUGCUCCUGCCCCGGAAUCCCUCCCGCGUCCGAAGCGUGCAAGCCGCCUUGCGCGCGCCACCGAGCUCUUCACUGGCUUCAGUCAUACCUCUUCCGUCAACCGGUCCAAGCCCACCUCUCCCUCCCUCACCUCCCUCCGGCUGCCCCCAGGCACGUCGUCCACAUCGAACGCGAAACAGCCGCCCCCUUGGCAGGCGUCGCCAUCGCACCCGCCCUCAGCCACGCCGGAUGCUGCCACGAAGGGGGCGCGCCUCCUGAAGCGCGGAAGCAUCUCUCUCACGAAGUUGAGAGAGAAGUACGUGGCCGGUUCGAGCAUCACGCAGCUGCGGCGCGCGGGGAGCUGGCGUGCUAGCGGGCACGACGGGGACCCGAACGAGAGCAGGGAGACCAUCGACGAGGGACGAGUGGCCGGAGAAUGGCGCUCAAGGUCAGGCAGUCAGCCACAACAGGACGCGAAUGGGUACGGUGACGGCUCGUGGGGCAGAGCUAGCGUUGAGCAGCUCUCGCGCUCGGUGUCUCGUAACCUGGGUGCCGAUACUGUCGCCGAGGUCGCUGAGGAGGAAGACGAAAGUCCGUCAUCCUUGGGCCAGGGUCAGCAGCAGUUCAAGGUGGCUCGCCCCUUGAAGGGUCGGUCGAAGUCCGCUCGCUGCUCAGUCGUGCAACAACCUGCCUUCGUCGGCCAGUGGAACUCGGACGACAUGUCGGAGGUCAUCCGGAAGUUGCGCUCCUUGAAGAGCGAUGGAUGA